AGGUCUGCUCUAAUAUUCACUCUAUACUGUGAGCUCAGUGAAGCAAGAUACCUACAAACAAAGGAAACUAAUAAUGAAGUAUUUGACGGCCACUCUGACACUAGUGUCCAUAACUCUGGUCAUUCUGUAUCAAGUUGAUACAGUACACAGUCAUGUCCGGUACACAGUCCAACAGGCGCAGAAAGAUUUGUUUGAUUUCUUGAUGACCAAAUCUGAGAAAACACCGCCCAGGAAACCUCAGCUCAAGACCUACAAAUAUAUCAACUGUGGCGACCCCAAAAAGGAGCUAGCCAAUCUGACGUCACUCGUGCUAGGCCCCGAUCCACUUGUGUUUCCUGGUGCGCUGUAUGUUGAGUUUGCUGUCAAAAUCCACACAUUGGUGGAUACUCCACUGAAGGCAGACGUGGUCUUGGAGAAAAAAGUUGGCGACAGUUGGCUAAAGAUUCCUUGCAUUGGUUUCAUUGGUUCGUGUGAAUACGACGAUGUGUGUGAGUUUUUGUCGCUGAUCACCGAAUGCCCGCAGCCAUUUGUGGACGCAGGUGUUCCCUGCAAAUGUCCAUUUCAGAAGGGUGUCUACAAGCUUCCUAAGACAGAGUUUGAUGUGGAGAUACCAAUCUUCCCACCUGGCGACUAUCACGGCAAGGCCAACUUGACCCGUAAUGACCAAUCCGUGGCCUGCGUUGAGCUUUUUACAACUUUUGAUUAAUGAAAUCAUGCUACUUGGGAAAAAAAACAGAAGAAAAGAAGUAACGAUAACUCUGUUGUAUUGAAUGAAUUUUAACUUGAAUCAAACUUUGAGUUAACUCCACUUACAGGUUUUGAAAAAGGUUUCUUUUUAAUGCACAAGAAUCUUAUUUACUGUAAUGGAUUAGAUUUACUAAGACAAAUGUGUUAUUAGACUACGCACUCUUAAAAUCGAUUGGUGUGAAGUAUGCUUAUUUAAAGUGUGUGUAUGUGUGUAUCAUAUCAAGCAUCACGUACAUCUCUUCAAUGUAUUGUCAUGAAGCUGUUGAGUAGCCUACAUUAUUACAAUAUCACACAGUUUUUAAAUAAAGUCGUGUAAUUUAAGUGUCAA